AUGAGGUUCCGUUUUGAAAACUAUCAGCAGUUCCAGGCCUUGAGGUUUGCAGUGGAAGAGAUCAACAGAAGUCCUGAUCUUCUCCCCAACAGAACCCUUGGUUUCUAUGUCUACGACUCUUGUGCUGCUCUACAAAGCGAGUUGGAGGGGACACUUUGGAUGCUCACUGGUCAGAGUCCAGCAAUACUCAAUUACUGCUGUAGAGAAAGCCCUCCUCUGGCUGCCAUCAUUGGCCACUCAUUGUCCACUUAUUCCAUCCUUAUGGCUCAUAUCCUAGGACAGUAUAGAUUCCCACAGGUCAGCUACUUUUCAACCAGUUCCCUCUUAAGUGACAGGAAACAGUUCUCCUCCUUCUUUAGAACUGUCCCAAGUGAUAUUUUUCAAUCCAAAGGGAUUGCACAGUUGGUGAAGCACUUUAAAUGGACAUGGGUUGGUCUCAUAGCUGCCGAUGAUGAUUAUGGUCAUGAAGGCAUAGAGGUGCUCAGACAAGAGAUAAUUAAAGAAGGAAUUUGUGUGGCCUACACUGAAUAUAUCUCGAGCAACUUCAUCUUUAAAAACAUAUGGAAUAUUGCAAACGUUAUAAAGGAAUCAAGUGCCAAGGUGGUGGUGGCCUUCUCCACUGAUAUCUACUUAAUCCCUGUUCUGGAUGAGAUGCUGAAGCUCAAUCUAUUGUAUUACAUUAAAAAUGUCCGGGUAAAUCUGAGCAAUGGAAGAGAAGUUUCCUUUGAUAAGGAUGGGAACCCACCAGCUGUAUAUGAUAUAGUCAACUGGCAGCCUGGGGCAGAUGGAACCAUCAAGCAAGUGAAAGUGGGAAGUUACGACAGUCGGAAUUCUUCUGGAGACGUAUUUGGCAUUAAAACAACCACAAUAAGUUGGGGGACAAAGAAUAAGGAGAUUCCCCUGUCAGUUUGCAGCCAGAGUUGUCCAGAAGGGUUCAGGAAAGCGACCAGACAAGGAGAACCUGUGUGCUGCUUUGAGUGUGUUCCCUGUGGCCAAGGAGAGAUCUCCAAUCAGACAAAUUCCAUUGAGUGCUGGAAGUGCCCCUGGGACAUGUGGCCCAACAGUGCAAGAGACAGAUGUUUGUCCAAACCCAUAGAGUUCCUUUCCUAUGAGGAGCCACUCGCGAUCAUCUUGGCAUCUACUGGUGUUAUCUCUUCUUUAAUCCCAAUUUCUAUAUUUCGACUUUUCAUUCGGUAUAAAUCCACCCCAAUUGUGAGAGCCAAUAACUAUUCAGUGAGUUGUAUUCUCUUAGUAUCUCUGUCUUUCUGCUUCCUCUGUGCUUUGGCUUUCAUUGGUUACCCCCAACCUGAGAAGUGCCUUCUGCGCCAGGCGGCAUUUGGCCUUGUCUUUACCCUCUGUGUAUCCUGCAUUUUGGCCAAAACUGUUAUUGUUGUUUUUGCCUUCAUGGCCACUAAACCCGGGAGCAGGCUCAAAAAAUGGACAACUCCCCGUGUGCCCUACAUGAUCAUUACCAUCUGCACCUUCAUACAACUCACUUUGUGCAUUUUCUGGCUCUCUAUCUCCCCUCCUUUCCCACAAUACAAUAUUGAAGCCAAACCUGGAAUCAUUGUUGUAGAGUGCAAUGAAAACUCUCAGUUUGCCUUCUGGUGCAUGCUGGGAUAUCUUGGAUUUUUAGCCUCUGUCAGUUUCACUGUAGCUUUCCUGGCCAGGAGGCUCCCAGACAGCUAUAAUGAAGCUAAAUUUAUAACCUUUAGUAUGUUGGCCUUCCUCAGUGUCUGGGUUUCUUUUAUUCCGGCUUCACUAAGUGCCCAGGGCAAGUAUACUGUUGCCAUGGAAAUCUUUGCAAUUCUGACUUCCACCUGGGCACUUGUGUUCUGCAUGUUCCUCCCCAAAUGUUUUGUCAUAUUGUUCAGACCCAACAUGAACACCAAAGAAAAACUCAUGGGAAAAGACAGGAGUAGGAUGUAA